AUGGCUAAGCAAAUUAAACCGGCUCCCUCUUCCCCAAAUCUAGCCUCCGCUUAUGACCUGAUUAUCGCUGACUUAUUUAACAAAUUAGCCAAGAUAAAAGAAGGAACUAUUAAAUUGGGAACCUUAGGAACUCUCCAUAAAAAGCGACGCAUAAUGAAAAGUGCCUUAAAUGGUCGAACUUAUGCUUAUUAUCAACACCGAAAUAACCAGCCAGAAAACCAGAAUAAUCAACAAUCGGCUAAUUCUAAUCUGCAAAAUCAGCCUAAUCAGCAGUCUUCGGGACUAAUGCAACUAGUCGGAGCCGUUUUACCGGCUUUACUGGAACAUUUUACCGGACAGAAGAUGACCCAAAAUAGUAAUAGUCCUGAAACCCAGUUAAUGCUUUCGCAAAUUCUCAUGUUGCAGCAGCAAAUCAUUACUAAUCAACAAGACCUUAACCAAAG